GCCGGUCGGCUGGCGACCUCCCAGCGGUCGGACCGGGCUGAACCCGCGGACCCCUCCGAGUGUCUCCCGGGACCCAGCCGUUGGGACCCCAUUUCCCCCGGGUCCGGUAUUUGGGGUGGUCUCUGCCCCAGUUCAUCUCCACCGUCUCACCUCCACCCCAUCUUGGGACGUGAAACUUUUUGAAAGUAUAAAGCGAACUUACUGUAGGGACCUUCGUUGGGGGUUAGUUCUCUGGUGCCACCUUCAGUGCUCUCUGUGGCAGCUCUGCUGCUCACUUCUGGCUUUACUGGGUUUUGGUAUUUAAUUGUUGCUUACCCACACUGGAAAUUUUCACCUGCAGUUUUUCUUCUGCCUAAGCUCUCACGUGUGAAUAUGUGUCUAGUGCAUCCUUAACUUAAGGACUUCACCAGUUCGAAGUUACAGUUUUCACCAUCAACUACCUUAUCUUUUCUGUUCUGGUUUUCUUCCUCAAACAGUGGAAGGAUUUUUAAAGUUGCUUUUGUUGCAGAGUUAAACAAAUGGCUGAUAGUGACUUAGAUAAAAAAUCCAUAGAAUGCCCUGACUGUUCAUCUGCUUCUCAGAAAGAUGUACUUUGUGUGUGUUCCAGCAAAACAAGGGUUCCUCCAGUUUUAGUAGUGGAAAUGUCACAGACGUCAAGCAUUGGUAGUGCAGAGUCUUUAAUUUCACUGGAGAGGAAAAAAGAAAAAAGUAUCAACAGAGACAUAACCUCUGGGAAAGAUUUGCCCUCAAGAACCUCAAAUGUAGAGAGAAAAGCAUCUCAACAACAGUGGUGUCGGGGCAACUUUACAGAAGGGAAAGUUCCUCACAUAAGGAUUGAGAAUGGAGCUGCUAUUGAGGAAAUCUAUACCUUUGGAAGAAUAUUGGGAAAAGGGAGCUUUGGAAUGGUCAUUGAAGCGACAGACAAGGAAACAGAAACGAAGUGGGCAAUUAAAAAAGUGAACAAAGAAAAGUCAGGACCCUCAGCUGUAGGUCUGUUGGAGAUUGCUUGAGGUCCACUCCAGACCCUGCUUAUACAUAAUUUGAUCUCUCUCUCUUAUAUAUAUAUAUAAUGUCAGAAAAUGUACCUUGUGAUGGAGCUUUGUGAGGAUGGAGAACUCAAAGAAAUUCUGGACAGGAAAGGACAUUUCUCAGAGAAUGAGACAAGGUGGAUCAUUCAAAGUCUCGCAUCAGCUAUAGCAUAUCUUCACAAUAAUGAUAUUGUACAUAGAGAUCUGAAACUGGAAAAUAUAAUGGUUAAAAGCAGCCUUAUUGAUGAUAACAAUGAAAUAAACUUAAACAUAAAGGUGACUGAUUUUGGCUUAGCGGUGAAGAAGCAAAGUAGGAGUGAAGCCAUGCUGCAGGCCACAUGUGGGACUCCUAUCUAUAUGGCCCCUGAAGUUAUCAAUGCCCACGACUAUAGCCAGCAGUGUGACAUUUGGAGCAUAGGUGUCAUAAUGUACAUGUUAUUUUGUGGAGAACCACCCUUUUUGGCAAGCUCAGAAGAGAAGCUUUUUGAGUUAAUAAGAAAAGGAGAACUACAUUUUGAAAAUCCAGUCUGGAAUUCCAUAAGUGAUUGUGCUAAAAGUGUUUUGAAACAACUUAUGAAAGUAGAUCCUGCUCACAGAAUCACAGCUAAGGAACUACUAGAUAACCAGUGGUUAACAGGCAAUAAACUUUCUUCCGUGAGACCAACCAAUGUAUUAGAGAUGAUGAAAGAAUGGAAAAAUAACCCAGAAAGUGAUGAGGAAAACACAACAGAAGAGAAGAGUAAUACAUCCACUGAAGAAAAGUUGAAAAGUUACCAACUCUGGGGAAAUGUCCGUGAUGCCAAUUACACUUCAGAUGAAGAGGAGGAAAAACAGUCUACUGCUUAUGAAAAGCAAUUUCCUGCGACCAGUAAGGACAACUAUGACACGUGCAGUUCAAGUUUCACAUCUAACAAACUCCUUCCAGCUGAAAUCAAGGGGGAAAUGGAGAAAACCCCUGUGACUCCAAGCCAAGGAACAGCAACCAAGUAUCCUGCUAAAUCCAGGGCCCUGUCCAGAACCAAGAAGAAACUCUAAGGUUCCCUCCAGUACUGGACGGUACAAAAACAAAGCUGCUGUUGUUAGCACUUUGAUGAGGGGGUAGGAGGGGAAGAGGACAGCCCUAUGCUGAGCUUGUAGCUUUUUAGCUCCGCAGAGCCCCGCCAUGUGUUUGUACCAGCUUAAAAUUGAAGCUAGUUAUCUCCAAAGCAGUGUAAGCUGUACGUGGCAUUAAAGGACAGCCACCAGUAGGCUUGGCUGUGGGCUGCAGGGAAAAUCAACUCAAGAUGUACACGAAGGUUUUUUAGGGGGGCAGAUACCCACAAUUCAAGGUUGUGGGCACACUUGCUCAUUUUUACUUCAAAUUCUUAUGUUUAGGCACAGCUAUUUAUAGGGGAAAACAAGAGGCCAAAUAUGGUAAUGGAGAUUCCAAAUGAUACGUGCACUUUGUACUAGAAGACUUUGUUAGAAAAUUACUAAUAAACUUGCCAUAGGUAUUACAGCAGAAGUGCUUCAUUCACAUGUGUUUGUGAGAUUUUAGGUUGCUAUAGAUUGUUUAAGACAACUUGUUUUAAACAUAGAAAGAUAGGAGAUUUUGUAACUGCUUGCCAUUAACUUGCUGCUAAAUUUUCAAUGUAUUGAUUAAAUCAAUAAAAAACAGAUGUUACUCAGCA